AUGACCACGAUAAUGAGCGCCGCGCCCUCGAGGUGGAGCGGCAAGAGACAGAGCGUGUUCAAAUCGGUCUUUGACUCCGAAAUCUCGCAACCCGCUCCUCAUUCGACACCUUCUCAGACGUUGAAGUCGCAGGGAGAGCCAUUUGGCGGCGCACCAUCACCACCACCACACCGUCAAUCACCCUCUCGCCUGCACUUCCCCGGUAAUGGCAAGCAUUCGGACAUCCACGCUUCGCCUUCAUCACGGCGCCCAAAAUCCCAUUCUUCCAUGCAGACCAGCGAUCAAGUCCGGUGGGACCAAGCAUGGCACAUAGUGACGAGUCGUAUUCAACUUCCCCCGUCGGUGGCCGCUGAGGACUCGUUUGGCACUCUGGCUCCAGAAUCCCAGGACUACGACGCAGACUUUUAUGACAGUCUUAAGCUGGUGCUCCAUCCAGGGGAGCAUGUCGAGCACGCCGCUGUUACCGAGGACAUUCUUUCCUGGCAUACCCAGCAGGUUCGCCACCAUUUCGCCCAACAUGUCCUCCCCCUACUUUCCGCAUGCAACACGUACGGUGACCAGGCACAGGUACUUCUAGGAAGCAUCCAUACUCUGGAAGCAGCUCACCGCCAGUAUCUCUACGGGUUGUCUCUUAUCGUGCGGGGUCUCGAUAAUAAGCAUGCAGAUAUCGCCGUCGACAAGUUCCGGCGUGAUUUACACGCAGUCAUCGGCAACUCCAUGUCGCAGGCGCUUAUGGAGUCCCUCCGAGCUGUUCUAAGUCGCUUGAUGAGGGUAGUUCUGGGCAUGCAGACCACGCAAUCUCCCCCCGGAGAAUCUCGGGAAACCGACCUCGAAGGAGACAGCCAGGCAGCAGCUGGAGCGACAGCGGCAGCGCGGCAAGAGCUCCUGCAACUGAUUGAGGCACUGCACAAAGUAGGCCUAGCAGGGGAGAGGUUCCAGGUCCUGUUAGCCGAACUCAUGGACGCCAUGAUGGUGGAGCACAUCAGAACGUCAUUCGCGGGCGCCUGGACGCAGUCGAAAUCAGAUGGCGGCAAGGAUGCUCCGCGCGCCUCGUCUGUGCCUCGCGCCACCAAACUUGGCACACCUUCACGCUGCAUUACUGCACUAUGCAGCUGGGUUGAAAACCACUACUCGCGGCUAGCAGUCGAGGUAUUUGCUCGCCUCGGCAGCGGGGACAUUGCUUGGACCGAUGUCGAAAAGUGGAAGGAGAUUGCCGUUGGACGGUUGGCAGUUAUGCGUAUCCAUGAACUCUUCGACAUCGUUCUCCGAUGGCCACAGAGUAGAGGCGCUCUUGACGACCUCCGAAUGGCAAUCACAACGCCGCAAAGACGGCUACAACUGACGGACACGUUUUCAGCAGCGUUACAGAAACGGUUGUUGCAUCCCGGACGGUCGACAUUGGACAUACUCCGCGUGUACAUUUCCAUGAUCAGGACCUUCCAUGCUCUGGACCAUUCCAAAGUCCUAUUGGACCGUGUGGUACAUUCGCUGCAGCUUUACUUAUGCCAGAGAGAUGAUGCCAUUCCGAUCGUAGUGACAGGACUACUAUCGAAUCCGGACGACCCAAAUGCCGAGACAGGCAAUAUCAAGCUUGUUGAGCUCGCCAUUCUUCUCAAUGAUCCGUCACAGCAGAGACGGCCUGCCGUGGACGAUGAGGAACUGGACUGGGACGAUAUGGAAUGGAUUCCUGAUCCCGUUGAUGCCGGAGUCAACUACAAGCGGCCCAAAUCAGAGGACGUCAUCGGGACCUUGAUUAGCGCUUUGGGCUCUCAGGAUAUCUUCAUCAAGGAGUUCCAGAACAUUAUCGCAGAAAGAUUGCUGUCUACACAGGUCGAGUUCAGCCAAGAGAUUCGUGUGCUCAAUCUACUGAAGAAGCGGUUUGGAGAUAAUGCCUUGCAAAACUGCGACGUCAUGAUCAAGGACAUCCAAGACUCGAAGAAAGUUGACUCCAUCAUCUCCAAGACGAUCAGGACAGGCUAUCUCGGUGGCCCCGUCCGAAAGGCUCACAACGCUCCGUCCUACCAUACCAAGAUUCUUUCUCGGCUCUUCUGGCCAACUAUGGACAGAGAGCAUUUCAUCUUGCCAGGGCCUGUCACCGAGGGUCAAGGGCAGUAUGAAGGCGAGUUCGAGCGCCUCAAGUCUAACCGUAAGCUGACAUGGCUCAACAAUCUUGGCAAUGCCACCGUCAACCUCGAACUUGAAGACAGAACAGUUGAGAAGGAGUGCAAGACGUACGAAGCCGUUGUCAUCUAUGCUUUCCAAGAAGAUGAAACCUACAGCGGGCCGCUUCCCGUACGUCGCAAAGUUGACCAGCUUGAGGACAUACUACAAAUGGAUGACGAUCUGAUUCGCUCCGCUCUCUCGUUCUGGGUCGGUCAGCGUGUCCUCCGCGAGAUCGAGUCGGGCACCUUUAUCGUCAUUGAGAAGCUAGAUGACAAUGCCGACGAUGGAGGGAAGCCACCUGGACCUGGCCCCGAUGAUGCUCCGGCGCCCGAAUCAGGCGAUAUCUCGCCCAAGAAGCCUGGCGCCUUAGAUGCUAAGGAGAAGGAACGUCGACAGGUGUACUGGCAGUUCAUUGUCGGCAUGCUUACCAACUCGAGUCCAGCUAUGCCACUGGGCCAAAUCGCCAUGAUGAUGAAGAUGUUGAUAGCGGACGGUUUCCCAUGGAGCAACGAGGAGCUGCAGGAGUUUCUUGCGGAAAAGAUGGCGAUGGAAGAAUUGGAGCUGGUCGGUGGAAAGUACCGACUGCCAAAAAAAUGA